AUGACUGGGUCAGAUAAAUUAGAAAGUGCGAAUGACGUCACAACAUCUGAACAAACAUCUGACAUGACUUUUGAAAAUAACCCUGAAAAUCUUGUUUGUUCUCGUUCAGAUGAAAUAGAAUUCCCAGGGAAAACUAUAACAGUGUUUGGCAAAGAUCAUGUGGACAAUAUUUCUCACUAUGGUAGAAGAUCGGUAACCAUAACACCGUCAGCUAUUGAUGUUGAUAAUGUUGGACAUUACCAUAACAAUCAGGUUUACAAACAGAGUGAGAACUUUGUCAGCUCUAACGAUUCCAAAACUCGUACUUUUGAAACAUCUCGACAGAAUGCCGGAAGAACAUUAAGUGAAAAAUCUGAAGACAGUUUGAAUCUACAUUCCGACCGCGGAUUCGUUAACAAGUCUUCAAAAACGAAUACACAGCUUCCAAGGUCAUCACACAAGGUCAGGGAUAACAGCGAAUCUGAAGUCAGUAUUGAUCUCAAAUCUGACAGAUCUGUCAGUAAGUUACAAAAAGAUAAACAUCGAAAGCUAGAACCGUUAAUAAGCACGCCUUUAAAAGAAACUGGUUUGAACAGAAAACAAGGUGAUUGCGGGUAUAAUUCGAAGAACCCUGGCAGCAUCUCAAGUGUUGAAAACAAAGAUGCUGUUUUAUUAAGUGGCAAAAGUAGCACAAUGACACCUGCAAACCAGCCAUCGGAUAAACAAGAAGUUUAUAGUGACAGCAGUUCCAAUUCGAGUGACGAAUCAAUCAAAGAUGGUGGCUUAAGCCCGGAUAUAUAUAGAACAGAUCAUACACGGAGCGGAUCUAGACCAGAAGUGAUUCGAAAUACGUCAACGCCCGCUACUACUGAACAUGUAAAACAUUACCUAAGUUAUGAACAAUCAAAAGUCAUGGUAAUUCCGGAUGAACAUUCUUCGUGCAUCAUAUCGGUACCUACAGGAGAGGGAAGUUCCGAAUCGUCCAGUGAAGAUAAUGAAGCCGUGAUAAAAGAUGGAGAAAAGUCGAAAGGGAAAAAGACAACGAAGAAACGAUCAAAGAAAAAGAAAUGGAGGAAAAAGAAACAACCAUUUGUUUCUCCGGAACAAACUGAUAAUACUGAAAAAAAUAAAAUGCCUAAAAAGAAAAAGACAAUUAAAAAGAAAAAAGCUAAAAUAAUCAUAUGAAC